AUGCUAAAUAUACAAUUUGGUCUCAAUAGCUUCACCCACCCGCAUGUCCGUGCGCGGCUCGAGAAGCAUAUGGGCUCAAAUCUCGUGCGGCUCACGGACAAGACCUACAUGACAGAUUUAGAGGAGAGGAUUCGCACUGUUAAUGAGGAAAACCUCAACAAGAGGAUAUCAAUGAGAGUUCUCGAUGAGAUGGAAAGACUGAAACGACUGAUUCUCGUAGGUAAAACUCCUCUCAAGGAGUGCCCACCUGAGUUACUACAACACCCCGUGUUCGUGUUUUGGCGAAUGGUGAAUAGGGAAGUUGCUAGAGCGUCAAAGAAGAGAGCGGACGCCUAUUACAGAAAAUUGAAAGCAUCACAAAAACUUGAACAAGUUAUUGGCGAAGAGGCGGAACCAGAAGAAGGUGACGAGGAAAACUUUAAGCUAACACCCGAACAACUCCUUAAAAAAUGUCACGAAGAGUUAGAAGAAUUGAAAACAGCUGAUAUAGAGAAAGGCGUUCGUUUCACCGAUGAACAAUUUGCUCAACUGAAAUACGAGACCAGUGAUAUUAAGACAUUGAAAAACCUAACAACGGUGGAAGAGCUGUACGCAUUGGCUGAUAAAAUCAUAGGCCAAAAACGUCUG